CCUCUUCAUGAAUAUUCAGAUUCUAGGGGGAGGGGUCUUAACCCUUCGUUGGCGGGCCUGCCGGAAGGUGGCCCCUCCCCCUCACAGGCGGGAACAGGAUGUGAGCCCGGGCAGCAGAAGGGGAGGGGAAGCCUCCGGCGACUGCCCCCCGCCCCACAACUGGGACCCGAUUCUCCCGCCCCAGAUGUGGCGCUGCCCCAGCCACCGAAGUCCGGUGCCAUCCAUCCCGGAGCCAGAGGGGUCCAAAGUCUCGGACCCGGGAGUCUGGAAUUUCUGCACUGCUUUUUGAGGAACCUCGAAGUCCAGGCCCCCGCGACCCUGCUCGAGGACCUCAGGUGCCCAGCGCCCCCUCCUGGGGGAGCCAGGAGUUCGGGACGUCAGCUCCGCGGGACCCUGGAGGCCGAGCGUCCCGCACCCGCGUUAGAACUCAGGAUCCCCGACCGCACAUUCCCUCCAAGGGUUCUCAGAAAACCAAGCCCAAGACCCCCGGGUUGGAGAAACUUGGAAUCGGACCUCAAGCGCCCCAGCUAAUCUGCUUUGGGCUGCAGCAACCACCACUUCCAGGGGACCCAGGAAUUUGGGACCCCUUGCGCUCCCGCCUCGAGGUGAUUUAGUCCCGGCCCCUAGAGUUAGGGGAAUUCACGGAUCCGGGUUCCAACUACGGCCCUACCUAGAAGAUUCAGGAGUUUGGGUCCCCAGCGCCCGCAUCCAGACUCCAGAGUGGAGGCUCCCAGCACCCCCCACUUAGAACACCAAAAAAUUCGGACUGCCGGACCGCUUUCCGAGGGAUCCAGGAUUCUGGUUCCUGGAGCCUGAGAGCCCGAGGCUCACACCCCUAAGUCCCGGCUCCGCGCCUCCCUGGGGACCGGUUUAGAGUCGACUGGGAAUUCGGCUUCUGGGCGCGGGCUGGCAGCUCCCCGGGAGGUUGCUGCUGCCCUGCCUCUGAGCCAUGCCUGAGGGAGCCCGUGGACUGAGCCUGUCCAAACCCAGCCCCAGCCCACAGUGCGGUCACCGAGGUCAAGUCUGUGAGUGCCCAUCUGUGGGUGAGACUCCAGCAGCCCCUGCAGCCUCCGCCAUGGCUUCCCCUCGAGGUUCUGGGAGUUCCACAUCCCUGAGCACCGUGGGCUCUGAGGGAGACCUGGCUCCAGGGCCCACCCCAGCCUGCUCAGCCUCCAGGCCAGAGCCCCUGCCAGGCCCCCCCAUUCGCCUGCAUCUAUCUCCUGUUGAGAUCUCUGGUUCAGCAAAACCUUCACGACUGGAGCGUGUGGCCCGUGAGAUUGUGGAGACAGAGCGGGCCUACGUCCGGGACUUACGCAGCAUCGUGGAGGACUACCUGGGUCCACUGCUGGAUGGCGGGGUCCUGGGGCUGAGCGUGGAGCAGAUGGGCACCCUGUUCGCCAACAUUGAGGACAUCUAUGAGUUCAGCAGUGAGCUCCUGGAGGACUUGGAGGGCAGCCGCAGUGCAGGGGACAUCGCUGAGUGCUUUGUGCAGAGGAGUGAAGAUUUUGACAUCUACACGUUGUACUGCAUGAACUACCCAAGCUCCCUGGCCCUGCUCCGGGAGCUGUCACUGUCUCCACCAGCAGCCCUGUGGCUGCAGGAGCGCCAGGCCCAGCUUCGUCACUCACUGCCCUUGCAGAGCUUCCUGCUGAAACCUGUUCAGCGCAUCCUCAAGUACCAUCUGCUGUUGCAGGAGCUAGGCAAGCACUGGGCAGAGGGCCCUGGUGCUGGAGGCCGAGAAAUGGUGGAGGAAGCUAUUGUGUCCAUGACGGCAGUCGCCUGGUACAUCAAUGACAUGAAGCGCAAGCAGGAGCACGCGGCCCGCCUCCAGGAAGUGCAGCGGCGGCUGGGCGGCUGGACUGGCCCAGAACUCAGUGCUUUCGGGGAGCUGGUGCUGGAGGGCGCCUUCCGAGGUGGCGGAGGGGGCGGCCCCCGGCUGCGAGGGGGUGAGCGGUUGCUCUUCCUGUUCUCACGGAUGCUGCUCGUGGCCAAGCGCCGGGGGCCAGAGUACAUCUACAAGGGCCACAUCUUUUGCUGCAACCUGAGUGUAAGCGAGAGUUCUCGAGACCCUCUAGGGUUCAAGGUGUCCGAUCUGACCAUUCCCAAGCACAGGCAUCUGCUCCAGGCCAAGAACCAAGAAGAGAAGAGGCUGUGGAUUCACUGUCUCCAGCGCCUCUUUUUCGAAAACCACCCUGCCUCCAUUCCUGCCAAGGCAAAGCAAGUUCUCCUGGAAAACAGCCUGCACUGUGCUCCAAAAAGUAAGCCUGUCCCAGAGCCCCUCACACCCCCACUUGGGUCUCCCCAACCUCGAGAUGCUAGAAAUUUCACCCCUGGCCGGAGGAAUACAGCUCCAUCUCCAGGGCUCUCUGUUGGUCGCCGUGGCCGCAGGCAGUCUGAGCCAAUGAAGGACCCUUAUGCCAUGUUUCCACAGAACGAUAAGCCUGGAUUCCAGCAUGCUGGCAGCGAAGGGGAGCUCUAUUCCCCUUCAGAAUUGCAGACACCAGUUCCAGCCUCUGGACCCCCUGAAGACCUGGAGGAUGCUGGGCCCCCUUCGCUGGACCCCUCUGGAACCUCAAUCACUGAAGAGAUCUUGGAACUGCUAAACCAGAGAGGCCUCCGGGAUCCUGGGCCAGACACCCACGACAAUCCCAAGUUCCCCAGAGAUUCCCAAGUGCCAAGCAACAACGAACCCCUCACAUUCCAAGCCCUGCCCAGCCGGGACUCUUCAGAAGAGGAGGAAGAAGAGGAAGAACUGGAGAUGGAUGAAAGGGAACCUUCCCCACUCCAUGUCUUAGAGGGCCUUGAAAGUCCCAGUGCAGCUGAAAUUCCCGACAUUCCCAGCCUUACCAAGAUUCCUGACAUGCCCAGCCUCCCUGAAAUUCCCGAAGUUCCCUGCCUUCCCAGUCUCUCUGACAUCCCCAGUGUUUUUGAAAUGCCCUGCCUUCCAUCCAUACCUAGUGUGCCUGACAUUCCCAGUCUUUCCAAUGCUCCUGUUCCCUGUGAUUCCUGGCUCCCAGGACCUCUGCAGGAGCCAGCUGAAGCUUUAGCCCUCAGGAGAGAACUGUUCCCUGGAAGCAAUCCUGGGAAGCUAGGAGAGCCUCCCUCAGGAAGCAGGGCAGGACAGGAGAAGGAAGGAGAAGGGAUAUCAUUCCCAGAUUUCCAGCCCCGGGAUAUCACCCAAGCUCAGGGAUUCCCAGAUGAGCUGGAAUUUCGCUCUUGCUCAGAGAUCCGGAGUGCAUGGCAGGCAUUGGAGCAGGGGCAGCUGGCUCGGCCAGGCUUCCCAGAGCCGCUGCUGAUCCUGGAGGACUCAGAUCUGGGUGGAGGCAGUGGGAGCGGGAAGGCGGCAGCCCCACAUUCAGAGCGGACCGCGUCCCGAGUGCGAGAGCUGGCCCGGCUCUACAGCGAGCGGAUCCAGCAGAUGCAGCGGGCCGAGACGCGGGCAUCAGCCAAUGCCCCCCGCCGCCGGCCACGGGUUCUGGCCCAGCCCCAUCCAUCCCCAUGCCUGCCCCAGGAGCAGGUCGAGCCAGGGCCCCUGCCUGCCUUUGGACACGUGCUGGUAUGUGAACUGGCCUUCCCGCUGACGUGUGCCCAGGAAUCAGUCCCCCUGGGCCCUGCUGCCAGAGUUCAGGUUGCUGCACCUUUAUCUAGGCCGGGAGGCCACCACGAUGGCCCGAGUCGUGACAUUUCACAUUUGCCUGAGCGAGAGCAUCUGGGCAUUGACGUUCCCACUACUACCCCUUUACCUGGGCAAGGAAGCCUCUGGAACGUCCAGGCUCCAGCGGCAUCACCUUUGCCCCAGGAAGAAGGCCUUCCAAACGUCCAGGACCCAGCUAUUUCAACUUUGUCUGAGCAAGGCCACCUGGAGAGCCAAGUUCCUGCUCCCGCUUCUUUGCCUAUGCCUAGGAACUGCACGGGUACUCAGGGUCCAUCCGCCACCUGCUUUUCUGAGCAAGGGUGCCAUGCGGACAUCCCGGUUCCAGCCAGCACAGCAUUGCCCAAGCAGAGAAGUUGUUCUGAUGGCAUGGUUUUAGCCAGCAGCUCUUUGCCCGGGCAAGAAGAAGGCCCCCGCAACAGCCAGAACCCAACCAGCAUCCUAGGAACUGAACACGGAGGUUCCAGGGAUGAUCAGCGCCCAGCCACUGCCUGUGUCCAAGCUGUCCACCUUUUGCUGACACAUGAAAACAGCCUGGCCCAUCAGAGUCCAGCCAGCACCCCACUUCCCUUGUCAUGUGACCUACCAGACACUCAGGUUCCAGGUACCUCACCUUUGCCUGCACGUGGAGGCCACCUGGACCAUCAGGCUCCACCAUCUUUAUUCCAAGAACUCCCGGCCGUUCAGGUUCCAGCUGGCACACCCUCGCCCCUGCCACAGGACCUUGCGGACAUCCAGAACCAAGCUCUGCCACCUUCACCCAAGCAGGGAGGCCUUCCAGACAUCCAGGGCCCAGGUGCUUCACCGCUGCUUCCGGAGCACGGCCUCGUGGACACACAGGCCGCCAAACUCGCGCCUUUGUUGGGGCAGCAGAACCUCACGAACAUCCAUGUUCCAGCUACCACACCUUUACCUGAGCGAGGAAGCUCUUGGGACACUCAGAGCCUGUUACCCACCCCAGUUCAGACCACCAUGGUUUUAUCCAAACCAGGAAGCCCUCCUGUGACUCCUGUUGCCAGGUCAGACUCCUCCCCGCCCCAGAGUCCCCCACCCCCUACACGGCAGCUCCUGGGCCCCAAUGCAGCUGCCCUCUCCAGGUACCUGGCAGCCUCAUACAUCAGCCAGAGCCUGGCUCGGCGGCAGGGGCCUGGGGGAGAGGCCCCUGCAGGCACCCGGGGUCCUUGGUCUUCCUCUGCCCCCACAUCAAGGGCACCUUCGCCACCGCCCCAGCCCCAGCCCCCACCACCCCCAGCCAGGCGACUCAGUUAUGCCACCACAGUCAGCAUCCAGGUGGGAGGUGGGGGGCGGCUGCGGCCAGCCAAGGCCCAGGUCAGGUUGAACCAUCCUGCUCUCCUGGCUCCCACUCAGGAACCUGUGGGCCUUCGAAGGGCCCAGGGAGCUCCUGAUGCCCCUUUCCACACAUGAGCCAAGGACUUGACCAGAUGCCAUGUGCUCUCGGGACUUCACCUGGAAGUUUUGACACAGGUCUAGGAGUGGCUGCAGCUGUCUAGCCCCUGGGAUCUGCUGGCCUUGCUACAGCAGGGAUAGGGAAGGAGAGGUCAUUAAUAUUUUGUUAAUUAACAUGAAAUUAUGUGUGUUUUCCCAUUUUGGAGGUGGUGGGGGACAGGACCUGAUGAAUGGGAAAGUCUGACAUGGAGUCAGCUGGGGACUCUCAGAUCCUUUGAGAACGAUAAGAAAUGAUUUCAAAGGGGUUUAUGAACUGCGUAGUGCUCACCCAGGGAGGCCACUCCUCUAGCAGCACACCCGGUCCACAAGCCCCAUGAGGACCUAGCCUUCUCGUUGGUCUGCCUUUCCACUUCUGUUCAUCCAUUAUAACCUCAGCGAUCUCUGGUGACAUCACAUCUUCCAGUUUGUGACCUUGCCUACGCGACUUGAUUAGUUGACCAUUUCUACCUUUCUCAUCCUCACACCCAAUCAUCAUCCACCCCGUGUCCCAUUCCAUUCCUCUGUCAGGCAUCCGCCAUCUCCCUGUCCAUCUAACACCCAACAUCCAUCUAUCCAUAUCUUCACCCCUGUCCCCUGUCUGGCUGUUGAGUCCUCCAUACAUCUCACUCAUCCAUCUCCAAAUCCAUCAACGGACCCAUCCAUUCCUCCUUGCUUGGGUUCUUCUGGGUCUUGGUACUACAAAACUUCAGACAUGCUAAUACCAGGGCAGAUCAGGUUUGGGUUCUGGGAAAAGUGUCCCACGUCUGUCUGGUUACCCUUGGCAACAGCCCUCCGUGUUAUGAAUAUCCCGAUUCUUUUGCCCACUCCCACUCUCAGAUCCCUUCUCCCCCUCACUUGGGACCUCUGCAGUUCAACAUGCUCAUGUGGGAGGAGGCUCCCACAAAAUAAUUCAGGUUGUGGAAACAAAAGGCUUCUUAUGGUCGAGGCCUUCUCCCCGCUCCUUCCCGCAGUGGUAUGCCCGAUGAGAAGCAUAAUUUAAACAGCUGGUUUGAUGAGAAGACCAGCUUCUUUCAUCAAACACAACAUCUUGUGUUUCAGCGUGUUGUGUUUAAUUUUCUGUGGAAUUCCCUGAGGCGCCCAUGUCAUGGCUAUAAAUUCAGGUCCCAUAUUUA